AUGAGUCCACAAAAUGAGCCGAUUGUCUCUCAUGGACGGGGAGGACAAGGGAACAUUGGCGCUGAUCCAACCAAGUAUGUAUACACAUACAGCAUCUCCGAUCCAAAGGACUUGGGUGACAAAAACAACAAGAAGAGGAAGAAUAAAACAAAAACACAAGAACGCGGCGGAGCAGGAAACAUCGGCUCACCCAACGUCCGACCCAGCACACCAGGAAAAGCGCACGACACCGAAGUCGUGCCCGAGAUCUCGAUCCGUCCUUCUGAUGGGGAUUAUCAUACUGGUCGCGGCGGCCAGGGUAACGUGCACCUAGACCCGGAGCACCACAAAAAGGGCAAGGGCAAGGAGAAGGCCGAAAGACGGGACUCGUCGACGUCGACGGCGACGUCUUCGCACUCUCGUCAUCAUGAGGGAUUGGCUGAUAGGUUGAAGCAUAAGAUUCUUGGGAAAUAA